CAACAUCAUUAUCAUCAUUACGUGCUAGUCAAAGACCAGAAGCACCUCGGCCCUUGGGCCGCAGUACAAAAAGAUAACUUAUUUGAAAAACGAAAUACUAAUCAUUAUAAAAUACAAAAUAAAAACCAAAAAACAAGUGAUAUAUUACGCAUCAGGAGUGAGAUUGCGGUUGGAGGGGAAGUUAAACAGGGAGGACGAAGAAAACCAUAACACAAACGCCAGUGAGGUCAGCUCCUUGCCAUGUCAACAAGCGCGCUCAAGCACACGUGUUCAUCGCCCUUUGAAUUACAGCCCGGCAGUCGGGACACACAAACCGACGCCAACUUCGAAGUGAGGGGGUUUUCAUUCGUCUUGACCAAGUCAUCGAUUGGCAUCCCCUCCUCCUCUUCUAUCCAGGUCCCGAUCGCGAAAACAACGCCCAUCGCGAGAAUCGGUGUGCUAACAUACGCAACACGUAGUCUGCACUGCGAUCGCCACUGGAAGUCAACAGAUGAGAUGCAUUGCAAAUCCCACUAUUUCAUUGCAGUGCAAAGCUCUUUAAAUAGCAUGUCUCGAUUAUGCCUAUUGAGGAGCUCUGGAUCAUAAGCAAAUAUGUAGCAAGUGCCCUGAAGUAGUCAAGUAUUCACAAACACGAGAAACAUCAGUGGGCCUAGAACUAUGGGAACACCGCUGUGAGCCAUGCCCAAGUUUGAGCUUGUCUUACAAACUUUAACAGAGAAGGUUCUCCCAGAAGGAAUAACUGCUACACAAGUCAACAGUUGUGGAGUUAUUAAAUGAGGUUCAUCGUGGCCAGUUUCCAAAUCAGAUAGUCGUCCACGCCCGGAAAAGCACUAGACUACAGUUUCAAC